AUGUCGUCAUCAAAUUCACCAUGUGCAGCGUGCAAGUAUCUCCGACGAAAGUGCACCCAAGAAUGUGAUUUCGCCCCCUAUUUCCUCCCCGAAAGUCCACAGAGAUUUGCUAAUGUGCACCGUGUAUUCGGUGCAAGCAACGUCGCUAAGCUCUUAAAAGAGCUUAACGCGACUGACCGUGAAGACGCGGUGAAAUCCCUAGCAUACGAGGCAGAGUCUCGCAUAAAAGAUCCGGUUUAUGGCUGUGUUGGUUUGAUCUCGAUGCUCCAACAGCGGUUAAAAGAAAUCCAACAUGAGCUCCAUGCCGCGAAAAAGGAACUCUCUAGUUACAAUCUGAAUCCUCAAACUAUGCAGUACUUGUUGGCACAUCCCGGAACGGUUAUAAUGCCUCAGCAGCAACAACAAUGGAAUAAUGCUCAAUUUGCGGGUUUCGCGAACAAUUUUCCUCCUGAGAUUGCUGGAGGAGGUGGGAUAGUUAUUCGUGAUGGUCAGCAGCAGCAGCAAGAUCAGGAGUUUAUGGAAGCUCAUCAGUUACUUGCUGCUCAGCAGCAGUAUAUGCUUAGGUAUAGUGGUGGACAUCAGAUGAGUGGUGCUGCUGUUUCUGAUGUUGCUGAUGGUGGUCAGUCAUUAGGAAUGGGAAAUUUUGAUAACGGUGCUGGUGGCGGAGGCGGUGCUGGUGGCGGUGGCGGAGGCGCGGUUGGUUAUUAUCAGAUUCAGCAACAAGGAGGAGGAGAACAACAACAGAAUUAUCAUCAUCAUAAUGUUAGUGUUCCUGCUGCUCAUGGUAAUCCAAUUGAGGCACAGCUUCUGUUGUCUCCACAGAAUCAGGAAACUGGUGAGGAUGGUAAAAGUGUUGGAAGCACACAUCAUUCUUGUUGA